AUGACCUCAGCUCUCCAAAAAUGGCAAUCAACAAGCAUACCCUCCGUCUCACUAGAUGCAGCCGGUCUAGUUGCCCUAGCAGAUCUCACCACAGUAGCUCGCCGCACAGCUUUAACUGGAACCUCCUCACUUCUCGACAUCUUCGUCAUAGCUCCCGGACUCCACCGUCAAGGACACGCUCCGGAUCUGAAUGGAGGGGAAUAUCCCGCUUGUGCGGCAAUGACGAGUGGCUAUGUCUUUCGAGUAGAGAAUCAAGCUACAGUGGUGUAUCUGCAGAAAGUCGGAAGAACAGGCCAUCUCACUACCCUUUCCGUCUCCUCGUUACCGGAGAAAAAGGUCUCGCUCACCCAGCUUUAUGAUUUCCGGACGACGACCAUCCUGGCGACAACAACCUACUUCACCGCCGUGAUCCUGACUCUCGCCAUGCUAGUAUAUGUCCUCUACGCACGAGACUGGUGGGCCUUCGCAGUCCUCGCCCUCCUAAUCUUCUCCCGAGCUCUCAACGUCCAUGUCAUACGCCGCAGAUCCCGACCUGGCUGGUGGGGAGAGAGCGAACCGGGCGUUAAAGGAGACCUUUUGAUUCUCCUCAGUCAAGACCGUUGGAUUCGUCUCCAAGGACAAGUUGACGAUCUCAAAGCCGUGACUUCGGGGAAGUGGUUACAAGAUCCUACAUUCUUGCAGAGUUCACUGGUGGCUUUUGCGACGCUUUUGGUGUAUCUCACUGCUGCUUUGGCGGGGAAUGCGGAGUCCGGGAGUAAGCUUUGUUUACUGGUGCUGCUGUUUGCUUCUGCGGGACUCUUGGCUGUUGCGAAUGAGAGUACGGAGGCGUUGCAGAUGCAUGGGAGGGUGGUGAGAGUUGCUCAGCCGACCAAGGCUUAUUCGAGGAGGUUGAAGUUGGCGGAGGAAUUGAUUGUGGAGACAAAGAGGAGGGAUUGGGCUAUUAGGUUGGGUAUGAUUCAGCCUGAUCAKGGGGAUGAAGGUGAGAAGAAGAUGGACGGACCACCGACGAUGUAG